CCCCCCUCGGGCCCCAGCUCGGCAGGUCGCCGCGGGGAGCCGUGCCCGUCCCGCGCCCCCGUAGCAUGUCCUCCCCGUCCAAAGAAAAGAAAAAUGCACGUAUAGUGACAACUACUGUACUGCUCACUGAACACGUAACAAGAGAGGACCGAGGCUCAGAGGGAAAUUAUCUCCUCUAUGGAUCCUCUUGUGCCGAAGUCACUGAAGAAGCUGAAUAUGUGAAAAAGCAGCUUCCUCAAAUCUCAGGCAAUAAGCUGGAGUCAAAGAACAGUAUGUCUAGCUCCAGCUACAGUCCCAUUGUGGUGAGGAUGAAAGAAACAGAACAGCAGCUCUUGCUGGUGAGCAAGGAAAAUCAAGUACUAAAGAUCAAGCUGGAAGCUACAAGAGAAGCAGGUGUACAGGCUCUCAGAUCUGCAUCCCAAACACUAUAUGAGAAUUACCAGACUCAGUCAGAAGAACUUAAAAAAAGGCAUGAGAAUGAUAAGAAGCAAAUACAGGCCUACCAUCUUGAACAAGAACAAAAGCUCCAGCAAAAUACAGAACAAGCCAGUCGCCUAGCUGAAGGAAUCACAGAAAAAUGCACCCAGAUUACAGAAAUGGAGAGAAGAGUGCAGAGGAUGGAAGAGGAAAAGAAAACUCUGAUGGAAAGGAAGCUGUCACUGGAACAGAUGCUUCUGCAGAUGAUGUCAAAGAACAAAGACAGCAAACGGUGUCUGGCUCUUCAGAUGGAGAUUUCCACUCUGCAAGAACAGAUCGGCCAUUUGCAGCAUGUGAUCCAGGCUCAGCAUCAGAACCUGCGCGGUGUGAUACAGGAGGUGGAGGAAUUGAACAAUGAACUCAGAAACCAAGACAAAAAAAUAGGAAAUCUGACAGAAAAGCUAAAUGCACUUGAAGCUCAGAAUAAAGAACUUAAAGAAAAAGUGGAAUUAUGGUCUGGCCAAUCCAAGACUAAAGUUUCCAGAGGUGUCAUGACAAACACAGCACGAAACUUUGGAACAUCACCGUACUUGAUGCUCACCAGGAUAAGGAAGCAAGAAAGCUAGGUGAACAGCUGGAUGUUUGUCUUGUACCUUUUUUGAUGUGUUGCAAUCCUUAACUCCUAUGUCCUUUUUGCCACUGCAAAGCACCUUCAACACUUGCUGCUUUUUUUUUACGGAACAUGGUACAGAAGUGGCACUCCAGAGCUGCAUUUAGAAGAAUAAGCCUGGAAGCAAGGCAAGAGCUGAAGAGAUGGUGAGCUCAUUAAUGCCCACACAGCCCAAAUGGCAAAAGCUGCCCCGGCUGUGCCUGGAAGGACACAGUGCUGCUGCGUAGCUGCACCGCUGACUGUGCACCCUGCGUAGCGCGGGCAGCGUGCGCCUGCCUCCACUGCUGGGCAGUGGCACACCCAAGGGCUCCAACCAUACGGACUGCUGCAAAGACUCAGUUUUAGCUGCUGCUCGAAUUUAGGCAAGAUUAUUUUAAAAUAAACUUUUAGAUACUCUGUUACAUCAGCACAGUCA